AUGAGGCUUAAUCUCUACAAGCGUGCUGUUCUCUAUGCUCUCAUUGCAACCUUCAUUGUGUUAACGAUAAACUCCGGAUGUUUAUUCGGCCAAGCUAGAGUAACAAACUUCGGUGUGACGACUCAAGGUUUCCCCCGCCGCAGCAACAGGCAGCUUCCACCCGGAGGCAAUCCUUCUCCGGCAGCAGAUCCCAAUAAUCAUGGAAUUGUUUCAAACUUCUUUUUCUCUUACUGUUUAAUUAGAGUGGUGGAUAAGUGGAUCUCGAUCUGGAAGUCAAAUAUAUUGAGUUAUAAUGGCAGCAUACACUCCGAAGAAUAUCCUCAUUACAGGGGCUGCUGGAUUCAUUGCGUGUCAUGGGAUAUUGCAAGUGCCGAUCUUGUCAACUAUCUUCUCAUUACUGAGAACAUUGACACUAUAAUGCACUUUGCGGCCCAGACCCAUGUUGAUAAUUCUUUUGGCAACAGUUUUGAGUUCACUAAGAAUAACAUUUAUGGCACUCAUGUGCUAUUGGAGGCCUGUAAAGUUACUGGCCAGAUCAAAAGGUUUAUCCAUGUAAGCACAGAUGAGGUUUAUGGAGAGACUGAUGAGGAUGCUGUUGUUGGAAAUCACGAAGCCUCACAACUCCUGCCCACAAACCCAUAUUCGGCCACAAAAGCUGGAGCUGAAAUGCUUGUUAUGGCUUAUGGUAGAUCUUAUGGAUUGCCUGUGAUAACCACCCGAGGAAACAAUGUUUAUGGUCCCAAUCAGUUUCCUGAGAAGUUAAUCCCAAAGUUCAUCCUUUUAGCCAUGAGAGGAAAACCUCUUCCCAUUCACGGGGAUGGUUGUAAUGUGCGAAGUUAUCUCUAUUGUGAGGAUGUUGCCGAGGCAUUUGAAGUCAUUCUUCACCAGGGUGAAGUUGGUCAUGUUUACAACAUUGGAACUAAGAAAGAGAGGAGAGUGAUUGACGUUGCCAAAGAUAUAUGUAAUCUUUUCAACAUGGAUCCAGACAAAAGCAUUCAGUUUGUCGAGAACAGACCAUUUAAUGACCAGAGGUACUUCCUAGAUGAUCAGAAACUGAAGAAUUUAGGCUGGUCUGAGAGAACCUCGUGGGAAGAGGGGUUGAAAAUGACCAUGGAAUGGUAUAUCAACAAACCUGAUUGGUGGGGUGAUGUGUCUGGAGCACUACUUCCUCACCCUCGAAUGCUGAUGAUGCCUUGUGGAAUUGAAAGGCAUUUUGAUGAUGUGGAGAAAUAUGAUUCUGGAAAGUCAGAAUUCACAGACAAGUCUAAUCCUGCUUCCAAAAGUAACAAUUCACCUCAAAAACCACCUUACAAGUUUUUGAUCUAUGGCAGGACUGGAUGGAUUGGUGGUUUACUUGGAAAAUUGUGUGAGAAACAGGGUAUCCCUUACGAGUAUGGAAAGGGACGCCUUGAGGAUCGCUCAAAGCUUUUGGCAGACAUCCUCACUGUUAAGCCUACACAUGUUUUUAAUGCUGCUGGAGUGACUGGUAGACCCAAUGUUGACUGGUGUGAAUCUCACAAACCUGAAACCAUUCGUACCAAUGUUGCUGGUACACUCAACUUAGCAGAUGUAUGCCGAGAGCACAGUCUCCUGAUGAUGAACUUUGCCACUGGAUGUAUAUUUGAAUAUGAUGCUGCACACCCUGAAGGAUCUGGCAUUGGAUUUAAAGAGGAAGACAAACCUAAUUUCGCUGGUUCAUUCUAUUCAAAGACGAAGGCCAUGGUGGAAGAGCUCUUGAAAGAAUAUGACAAUGUCUGCACGCUCAGAGUUAGAAUGCCUAUUUCAUCAGACUUGAGCAACCCACGCAAUUUCAUUACCAAGAUUUCUCGAUAUGAUAAGGUAGUUAAUAUUCCCAACAGUAUGACCAUCUUGGAUGAGCUUCUUCCGAUUUCAAUUGAGAUGGCAAAACGGAACCUAAGGGGCAUAUGGAACUUCACCAACCCAGGUGUUGUCAGCCACAAUGAGAUCUUGGAGAUGUACAAGAAAUAUAUUGAUCCAGGUUUCAAAUGGUCAAACUUCACAAUUGAAGAGCAAGCUAAGGUGAUAGUUGCUGCUAGAAGUAACAACGAAAUGGAUGCCUCCAAGUUGAAGAAUGAGUUUCCUGAAUUGCUACCAAUUAAGGAAUCAUUGAUCAAGUAUGUCUUUGAACCCAACAGGAAAUCCCCUGCGGCGUAA